CUAGACAUGCUGUGACAGCCAAUGGAGAAGAGAUGCGGGAGCCAAGGGAGGGAGAAUGGGAGGUGUCCAGAGACUCUGAAAUUGCGGGGCAGACGGAGGUUGCGCAUCAGGGAAUCAAUCGAGCGACGGGCGGGAGUUGUGCCUUGUUCGUGUUAACAAUCAUAGCGAUGGUCCGGCCUCCGCCUGAACCACCGCCAGGGGAUGAACGAGGUGCUAGGGUUCAAGAUACUCGUUUUGCUUAUUUAGUUUUUUUCAUGUUUCGUUCUCCUCCUAUUAGCUUUUAUUAUUUUAUCAUUUGUUUUCUUAUUACCGUCUAUAUUGUUAGGUUUGCCAGUUUGUUUGGGAAUUUAGCCUCUUUUUAUGUCAUUGGAUAUGUUUGGAUCUACGGGAACAAAGAUGGCUGUGUCAAACCCGCUGCAUGGUUAGCGAUUUGUGUUACUCUUUUAGGGGUGACCGUCUCUAAGUCUGAUCAUAGGGUUUACAGUCAUAGUUGUUGGAGUUUAGUUGGUGAUAGAUUUGUUUUUCCUUUGACUGAUGUAAUGAUCCUGAAACUUAUGAUAUGAAUAGAGACAAGUUUUCGUUC